AUGAAGUUCGCAAAGGAACUUGAGCAGAAUCUUGUGCCUGAGUGGCGCGCAAAAUAUCUCGAUUAUAAGCAAGGCAAAAAGAAGGUCAAGGCAGUUGCUCGUGCUACCAAUCGCAUAAAUCAAACCCCUCGAACGGAUGCGCGAUCGAACUUGGAUCCCAAAAGUGGUAGUUUAUACGGUGCUACAUAUCCUCUCGUCCCAAGAAAGCUUCAAUCGUCCCAAACAUUCGAUGGUACCACCGACCCUCGAAAAUCAGCUUCGGGAAGGCAAAAUGGAGCAUCACGCGAUACUGCAGAGAGGACGGCGGCUUCGAAACAUACUUCAACAAUACCAAUCGCAAAACGGCCUAUACCAACAGAUCAUACAAGCAAUGGGAUGUAUGGCAGCUUUGUCCCAACCCCUCCCGCGGCGGAUUUGCACAAUUUUGAACUUCCAGAUCCAGCGAUAGAACCGGAUUCCCCACUUGAGAAUCAAGAGCGCAAUUUGUCAACAGUAACAAGCCGAAAACCUUCCCUCGAGAUCGGAGUUCCAGAGAGAACCCCAGAGGAGACCCCUGCGACUCUCCCUCAGAAUGCAUAUGAGAUUGGAGCAACAUCGAGUCCCACUAAACCAACAUUUGCUUCAUUGAGACGCCGAGGUUCGCAGGCAAUUGAUGGACGGCCAAUCAUGAAACGAAUUUUCUCCGUUGGAACUCCUUUGACUAAAGCCAAUAGUCGCCCUGACUUAGAUAUGGUUGCCUUUGAUCAUGUACGAAUACGCCAGCAAGAGUUCUUCUCGUGGAUGGAUACGGAGCUUGAAAAGGUUGAAGCAUUUUAUAGAUCCAAAGAGGACGAGGCAGGAAUCCGACUACAGGUUCUGAGAGAACAACUACAUGAGAUGCGCAAUCGCAGAAUUCAAGAAGUAGCAGAGGUAGAACAAGCAAAAGCAAUACGCAAGGAUGAUGAACGUUCAGCAAUUGGGAAAAUCUCUCGUGGGCGCUCUGGAGAUGAGAUGUCGAACGCGCAUUCUUCUAAAGACCAUCUAAAUGCUUGGCUAGCGCCGCUCGGGAGAUUUGUAGACAACGCAAGAGCAACAGCUCUGGGGCCACAUCCAGGAUCCAACUCAAGGGCAUUAGCAAGUAUGAAAAACUCGCCUGAAAUGCAAUUUCAGUCUCAACCAAAUGACUUAGAUACAUCAAACGACAACCGCGACUAUAUAAGGCGGCCCCACGAGAACGAUGUAUCCUAUCGGACGGCAAAGCGAAAACUGAAAUCGGCGCUGCAAGAGUAUUAUCGAGGUAUGGAACUAUUGAAGUCAUAUGCGCUGUUGAAUCGCACAGCGUUCCGUAAGAUCAACAAGAAAUAUGAUAAGGCUGUCAAUGCCCAUCCACCCCUUCGGUUCAUGACGGAAAAGGUUAGCAAGGCGUGGUUUGUCAAUAGUGAUGUACUUGAUGGGCAUUUACAUGCAAUUGAAGACAUGUACGCAAGAUAUUUUGAAAAAGGCAAUCAUAAAAUUGCUGUUGGAAAACUGCGGAAGACCGUUGGAAAGUCAAUGGACCAGUCUGGUAGUGCAUUCAGGAACGGAAUUCUUAUUGGUAUCGGUGCUGUCUUCUCGAUACAGGGAAUCAUUUACGGCGUAGAAUACCUGGACCACCCUGAUCCUACGAUCAGAUUCCAAACCGCCUAUCUGCUGCAAAUAUACGGUGGUUACUUUCUUGGUUUGUAUCUAUUUUCUUUGUUUUGUUUCGAUUGCAGUGUUUGGACUCGGAACAAGAUUAACUACAAAUUUGUUUUUGAAUUCGAUCCUCGACAUGAUUUGGAUUGGCGGCAACUUAGCGAGUUUCCAGCAUUUCUUAUUUUCCUAUUUGGAUUGUUUUUAUGGGUCAAUUUCUCUGGUUUUGGGACACCAGAAAUGUUUAUAUACUAUCCCAUCAUUUUGAUCUUCGUCACAGUCCUCAUAAUAUUCAUGCCUGCUCCUAUACUUUUUUAUAGAAGCCGGAAAUGGUUUUUGUAUUCUCAUUGGCGUUUACUUCUGGCUGGAUUAUACCCCGUGGAAUUUAGAGAUUUUUUCUUAGGUGAUAUGUAUUGCUCCCUUACCUAUCUCAUGAGUAAUAUAGAGCUCUUCUUCUGUCUAUACGCAACAUCUUGGCAUAGUCCCACAAAAUGUAAUUCUACCAAUUCUCGACUUCUAGGAUUUCUUUCAACUCUACCCGCUAUAUGGCGGUUAUUUCAAUGUCUCCGACGUUAUCAUGACACAAAGAACAUGUUCCCACAUUUAGUUAAUGGUGGCAAAUACACUAUGACCAUUGUCUACUAUGUCAACUUGAGCAUCUACAGAAUAGAUAGAGACAGGAAAACCUUAAUCAUCUUCAGUAUUUUUGCUGCACUGAAUGCAGUAUACGUCAGCAUCUGGGAUUUGUUGAUGGAUUGGUCUCUGCUUCAGCCUGGAGCGAAUAAGCCCUUUCUUCGCGAUGUCAGAGGUUUCAAGAGCACUUGGUGGUAUUAUGCAGCCAUGAUCCUCGAUCCUAUCCUUCGAUUCAAUUGGAUAUUCUAUUCAAUAUAUACGCACAACUUACAACAUAGCAGCUCGGCAUCAUUCUUCGUAGCAUUUUCCGAAAUUAGUCGUCGAGGAAUGUGGACGCUAUUCCGUGUCGAGAACGAACAUUGCUCGAACGUCGCUCGUUUCAAAGCAUUCCGUGACAUUGCUCUGCCAUAUGAUCUAGAAUCCGGAGAAUCAGAAGCGUCUCAACCCAUCACCCCAGCCGAACCAAACGAAAGAUCCCCCGUCCUCGAACGAGAGCGCACUCAUUCCAGUGGUCUUUCACGACAGCAAACAAACACCAGCUCCGUACGCCGUCGUCCGCCAAGAACUCUCACCAAAGUUUUCGCAGAUGCUCAUACUCAGGAUUUUCAAAAGAAGAGGAGACCUACAAUGGAUAAUGCAAAGGAUAUGAAGAAUGAGGAUGAAGAUGAUGUAGAUAUGGGUCGUGCUACGAGUAGUGAAGAUGAUGAUGAUGACGAUGACGAUGAUGAUGAUGAGCAAGAUGUACAAGAUCGCUUGGAUGCAAAUCAAUUGGUUGGGACUCUUAGGGGAGGACCUGGUGAGGGAGCAGGGAAGAAUAAAUAG